AUGUCCCAAUUCAAACGACGACCACCACCACAGACCUAUGGAGUGGUCUCAUUCCCAGCACCACAUGUCAUGCUGGUUGUUUUCAACCGACCAAAAGCCCUGAACUCCAUGACAAGCAGUGGGCAAUACGAAUUGGAAUCCCUUUUCGCAUGGUACGACAGCGAACCCUCAUUACGCUGUGCCAUCGUGACAGGCGCCGGGCGCGCCUUCUGCGCCGGCAUGGACCUGAAAGAGUGGAAUGCAUCCAAUGCGCGCCGCGCUCGCGGUGAGCUCGAGCCUCCCAUGAUGCCACGUUCAGGGUUUGGAGCGUUAUCCCGGCGGCACGGCAAAAAGCCUGUGAUUGCAGCCGUAAACGGACUUGCUUUUGGCGGGGGAAUGGAGAUCGUGGCGAAUCUGGAUUUGGUUGUUGCGGCGCGCAGUGCGAAGUUCGCGCUCCCCGAGGCAAAGCGUGGUGUCGUUGCUAUGGCCGGUUCACUACCUAGAUUGGCAAGAACCAUUGGUCGUCCCCGAGCGACGGAAAUGGCGCUUACUGGGAAAAGCAUUACGGCUGCUGAGGCUAGGGAGUGGGGUCUUAUCAAUUCUGUUACGGAGGAUGCUGCUGGUGACGUUGAGGUAUUGGAGAGGCCGGUGGUCAAGGCUGCGUUGGAGUUGGCUGCUAGUAUCGUGGAAAACAGCCCUGAUAGUGUGAUAAUUAGUCGCGCUGGGAUUGUUGCUGGUUAUGAGGAUGGCAGUUCGGAGAAUGCCAGUCGGCUUCUGAGUGAGAAUUGGGGGUCUGCACUUGAUGAUGGAGAGAACCUGCACGAAGGCGUGCUUGCAUUUGCCGAGAAACGGUCUCCAAGGUGGGUUGACAGCAAGCUGUGA